ACAUGAAGGAGUUCAGAGAGACGAGGGGACGCCGCUGAGCGCAGCUACCAUGCCGUACACAGGCUUCAGAUAGGGACAAAGUUUACACAUUUGGUACUAACCUUCUGUUUUCACCGACAACAUGGAGUACUGGAGGCAGUGUGCGAUGUGGCUGAUCAGCUGCAACGUGCUGCCCGCCAACCACCGGGUGACUGCGGACACCGCGCAGGUGUUCGACCUGGCGCAGACCCUGCGGGACGGGGUGCUGCUGUGCCAGCUGCUCAACAACCUGAAACCUCACACCAUCAACCUGAAGGAGAUCAAUCUCAGGCCGCAGAUGUCACAGUUCCUGUGCUUGAAGAACAUCCGCACCUUCCUGACGUCUUGCUACGAGGUGUUUGGGAUGAGGAAGACUUACUUGUUUGAAGCCUUUGAUCUCUUCGAUGUUCGAGACUUUGGAAAGGUGAUGGACACUUUAUCCAAGCUCUCCUACACAACAACUGCACAACAAGGAGGAUUCAAGCCAUUUCCAACGGAGGAGAGCCUGAGAGACGAGGACAUUUACAAUAAUCUGGAAGACUUGAUUGAUGAGAAUGAGAUUGAAAAUGAUGACGACUUGUAUGCAGCGGUGUACGGGCUGGAGAAGACAACGCAGGGGGGGGAGAUCUAUGAAGACCUUAUGAGGACUGAGCAGCAUGCCCCAUUGAAGCAGGCGGAGGUGGAUGUCCGCAGCUGCUGCCUCACAGAGAUCAAACAGACGGAGGAGAAAUACACCGAGACCCUGGAGUCCAUCGAGAAGUAUUUCCUGAAUCCUCUGAGGACAUUCUUCUCUGCAGCUGAAAUUGACAAAGUUUUUGUCAACAUAACGGACCUGGUUAAAGUUCACAAGAGCCUGAUGGUCGACGUGCAGGACUCCAUCUUAAACAAAAAUGCUUUAAACCUCUACCAGAUAUUCAUUAGCUACAAAGAAAGACUGCUCAUUUAUGGGAUGUACUGCAGUCGGGUGGAGAUUGCCAUUGCUGUUUUAGACAUCAUUUGCAAAGAGAAAGAGGAUGUUCGCUUGAAGCUGGAGGAGUGCUCAAAGAGGGCCAACAAUGGGAAGUUUACACUGAGAGAUCUGCUUGUGGUCCCGAUGCAGAGAGUCCUCAAGUACCAUCUACUACUUCAGGAGCUAGUCAAACACACUCACGACGCUGCUGACAAGAGCAACUUGAAGAUUGCACUUGAUGCCAUGAAAGACCUGGCUCAGUUUGUCAACGAGGUGAAGAGAGACAAUGAGACUAUAAGAGAGAUCGACCAGUACCAGCGGUCUAUUGAAAACCUGAAUCAGCCUCUAAUCAACUUUGGUCGCCCGAAAGGUGACGGGGAAGUGCGCAUGGUCUCCAGUGUGGACAAGAGGAAACAGGACAGACACAUCUUUCUAUUUGACGUGGCCGUCAUUGUUUGCAAGAGAAGAGGAGACAACUAUGAGAUGAAGGAAAUCCUCGACCUCAACUAUUUUAAGAUCACAAACAACCCCACCACGGACAGAGAGAGUAAAAAGUGGUGCUACGGGUUCUACGUGACUCACCAGCAGGGGCACACAGGCUUUGAACUCUUCUUCAAGACCAGAGAACUAAAGAAGAAGUGGCUGGAUCAGUUUGAAAUGGCCAUAUCAAAUAUUCGCCCUGAGAAAGCGAACCACAACUCCCACCAGUUCAAGAUGCACACCUUUGAGAGAAUCACUUCCUGUAGUUUCUGUCACCUCUUGCUCAGGGGCAUCUUUAACCAGGGUUAUCUCUGUGUUAAAUGUGGGCUGGGGGCUCAUAAGGAGUGUCUGGGACGACUGGGAAUCUGCGGGAGAACAGAUUCCACCAAGCUGAAGCCCAAGGGUACUUCCUCUCCCCAACAACAGGAAAUCCCAACACCACCAAACUCAGGUUUACCCAGGAUGGUUGUGAUCAGAGACUACAGUGGCAUCCCCUAUCCGCAGUGUGGGCCCCCACUAAGCAUUCAUGCGGGGGAUGUCAUUGAACUGAUGUUUGCCGACCUGCACAGCUCUUGGUGGCAGGGGAGAAUCCUGGCAACAAGCAAGAUUGGCUUCUUUCCAAGUGACGCUGUGAGGCCAUGCCCAUGUGUUCCAAAACCUGUCGAUUACUCGGCCCAGCCCUGGUUUGCAGGGCCUAUGGAGAGAUACCAGGCUGAGGUGGAGCUUCUGGACCGAGGAAACAGCACCUAUCUGAUUCGACACAGGAGUAAAGAAUGCACUGAAUAUGCCAUAAGUAUAAAGUUCAACGAUAAAGUCAAGCACAUUAAGAUUCUGACUAAGGAUGGCUGCUUUUACAUCGCUGAGAGCCGGCUGUUCAGGACUGUGCUGGACUUGGUGGAAUACUACAAGCAGCACUCACUAAAGGAGGGUUUCAGCAGUCUUGACACCUCUCUGCAGGUCCCCUAUAGGGAGAUGUCCAAUGGAAACACGCCCAAGGCCAUUACCAAGGCUGGCAGUGUGUUUUCCCCCAGGGUGGUGGGUAUUGCAGUGGCACGCUAUGACUUCAGCUCCAGAGACACGCGGGAGCUCUCCCUGCAGCAGGCUGACAUCAUCAAGAUCUACACCAAGAUGACCAAUGGGUGGUGGAAGGGAGAGGUCGACGGCAGGAUAGGCUGGUUCCCAUCUACCUACGUGGAAGAGGAGGAAUGACUUUGGGGGAUGGAUGACAUCAAGUCAGCGUACAUUCAAAGUUGACCUCCUCCUGUGAGCGCCAUGCUGCUCCGCCACUCUCUGUGCCCUGCCAGUCAGAUCUAUUUGAUAAAAACCCGGGGACUCAAACUGAAGAGGAAGCGGUGAUGCCCUCAAAAACCUUCUCUUGCCCUCUGACAGACUCUCACACAGAGCAGAUGUCAAAUCACAGAUUCCAGGAGUAUCUGGCCUCUCUGCGGCCCUGUCUGUCCCCCGGUCCCACUGGGAAGUGCAUGUGCUGUUCCCAGAUAACCCUCACUCCUCCUUUCCUGCUCACCUUGUCUUAUUAUUGAUGACUACAUUGGCUGGUGUGAGACUCGCCUUCACUGUCAUCAUGUUUCAAUAGGAAGGCUCAGUCACCCAACUGGAACACAGAUCCUGCUGACAGCGCACUGCGCCCAGGUACCGCAACUAAUUGAAAUGCAGGAGCUGAGGAGUUUGACUGUUGUUGGAACAAUAAAACCCUCUUGGCUGUUCAGAUAUUUGUGUUCGACUCUCUGUCUGACUUUUUAAAGUUUAAAUCACUGGACUGAUGUAAACUACUGUAUGUGAUAUUUAUAUACUUUUGCUGAGUUUUGAUUUGACACUGUUUCGAUGAAGGAUUGAUCUGUUAUGCACAUGUGCUGUUAUUGUAACCUUAAUUACAAUAUGUCUUGUUGAGCAAAAGGUCAUUUGUUCAUAUCAUCACAGGAUAAUGUUUUUAAAAGUUUUGGUAUCCACCACUGAUAAAACGAUGUCUCCAAGCUUUGA